GCCCAAUCUCCCCUCCCAACAGGCAUCCAAGGCGACCUCGAGCUUGAACUCAUAGGCCUCGCGAACGCAUUAUACAACCUCGGCACAACAGUUGUCAAUGACCUCACCAAAGAACGCGAUAGACUCCAGCAGAACGCUAAACCUGGCGAACCUCCCCCUCCUCCACCUGUGAAACCCGUUGGUCAACGAGUUAAUGAUGUGGUUGGGCAUUUGGCUGGUAUUGAGAAUAUGGCGGAGAGGUUGGAUACUAUGAUCCCUAUGCAGAUCCUUCAAGAGAUUGACAACGCUCGCAACCCUAUGUUCUUAACCAAAGACAGGAUCGAACGCGCAGCGACAGAAAAUCAAUUCAUGAAUGGCAAAAUCAAAGCUAUCGAGUCAUACCGUUCACUACUCAACAACGCCCUCUCAGAACACUUCCCCGAAAUAACCCCUUACCUCGAA